CAUAAGUAACAACCUUAAGAGACAAAGAAAGAAAGAGGAGAAGAUGCCGAUUUCUAAAAUUGCCAUAGGAAAUCCUUCGGAGUUCAGCCAAGCCGAUGCGCUUAAGGCUGCACUUGCUGAGUUCAUAUCAAUGCUCAUUUUUGUGUUUGCUGGGGAAGGCUCUGGCAUGGCUUAUAAUAAGCUCACAAACAAUGGUUCAGCAACCCCAGCUGGGGUAGUGGCAGCCUCACUGUCUCAUGCCUUUGGUCUAUUUGUGGCGGUCUCCGUUGGUGCUAACAUUUCUGGUGGUCAUGUCAACCCUGCUGUCACUUUCGGUGCCUUUGUUGGUGGCCACAUUACUCUCUUUAGAAGCAUUUUGUAUUGGAUUGCUCAGUUGCUCGGCUCUGUCGUUGCUUGUUUGCUCCUUAAAUUUGCCACCGGUGGAUUGGAAACAUCAGCAUUUGCACUGUCUUCUGGGGUGGGAGCAGCGAAUGCACUGGUGUUUGAGAUUGUGAUGACUUUUGGUUUGGUUUACACAGUGUAUGCAACUGCAGUGGACCCAAAGAAGGGUGACGUUGGGAUAAUUGCUCCAAUUGCAAUUGGUUUCAUUGUGGGUGCUAAUAUCUUGGCUGGUGGUGCAUUUGACGGUGCAUCUAUGAACCCAGCAGUGUCUUUUGGACCCGCUGUUGUAAGCUGGACAUGGGAUAAUCAUUGGGUCUAUUGGCUCGGCCCAUUCAUUGGUUCAGCCAUUGCUGCCCUUGUCUACCAGAUUUUCUUCAUUACCCCAAUCACUCAUGAACAGCUCCCAACCAAUGCCACAGAUUAUUAGACCUAAACUCCUCCUCACUUUGAGUUUAAAUUUAAAGUGGGUUUGGUUUCCUUUAAUUUCUCUUGCUUAGCUUGUUGUCGCUGCUUCAUGUUUUUGGUUUUCUAUUUGCUUGUUUUCAAAUGUUGAUUCCUAUGAACUUUGUCCAGUUUUGUAA